CAUCGUUAACGUGUGUCGUUCAGACUGGGGGAUCGGUGCAGCCGUUAGAGUGGUAUUCGUCUCUAACAAACCAACAAACAGUAGCCAGAAGUUACGUUUUUGGCUAUAACUACACUAACUACAGCAUCGAAAAAUGUUGAGCCUCUGUUCGUAACAACUUUUCUAUAUAUUUUGGCAAAUACGAGUGCUGUAUCAGGUUAUGAAAUUUCGAAUUGUCAAGUCAGGUCGCAGCAGCUAUCGGGUCCGGCCGAAGGCCGAAAGUUUCAAGAUUCCUGAAGGUCUCGAAGCGUUUCAAUCUACGAAAAAUUGCUAUGUUUUUUACAGAAAAAUUUCAACAGAAAGUUUCAAAUACUAGACAAUCUGAGCGACUAGAAUAAAAGCACUAUAACUCUCGAAUGGAGGCCGACAACGCGUCACAGAUAGGUCGAUACAAAGAGAGCUCUACACAAGAGAAUUCAUUGAAUUCAACAUGCUAUUAAUACGAAGGGGUUUAAUGACAUAGAAAUCCUCAGUUAUAUGCCACAUUCGCUACAACACAAUUCUAAAAUAAAAGCGGGUAACAGCAUUUAAAUGUUCGCAGUAACAUAAGCUUGGCAGAUGGGAUUAUUAUCUCUCCAACGGGAUAUCAUAUAAUACGAAUGCAAAUGAUAUGUAACUGCGACCGUUAAGCUUCAGUAGCAUAUUUAUGCAAUGAUGUCAUCAAAAUUGUAAACUACGCAACUUGUGGCGGUUUCACGUUCGUGUUAAUGGUGAAGCGAAGUCAUAAAGACUGCGGUACCGGUAGUCUACUGUGACAGAUUGCAUACCCGAACUACAUUGUUUUUGGUUUCCGUGUCCCUACAUUUGAGCAUCGCUCCCUUUUUACACUUUGGCGUGCGCUAUACACCCGGUUUAAGGGCGACGACGUACAGCAUUCCUGAUAUUGCAUAGGUAAACAAGGUUGAAGGAUAAUGUGAGUUGAAACAUACUUCAGCAGGUUGCGGUUUCUUGUGAACACAUUCUGCUCUGCAAGUGGCAAACCAAGUGUUUGCACGCGGACGAUUAUGUAAUCAUUGUCGCGCACACAAUUUUUAGCUUUAGAAUAGACGGACGCGAAUGUUUAGUUUCACGUAGAUGUCAGAAACGGUUGGUUUAGGAAAGAAUCGUGAGUAUGGGAUUGGAAAACAGGGUUAUUCGUCGAAAAACUAAGCAAAAUAGUAGUAACACAAGAGAAAACCAAUACAGUCGGAAAGUUAUCCUCUUCGCCGCUUUGUGUUUUUCUGACACUCGGUUUUCGCUUAGUCUUAGUCCUUCAUGUUUUUAUUAUUAGGUUGUUAAUUUACUAGCUUGUGUCAGGAACAUUGUUGAAGUAUGCUUCUGAGGAAUACAAGAAUUCGAAUUGGCAGUAUGAAAAUAUGUGAACACUUGUUGAAAGCAACAAAAAUAAAAUCCAACAAUGUUCGAUACUUGUCAUUAGGAAUGCGAAAUGAAAAAUUUAACGAACCCCCAUCGGCGAGCGACAUGGCUCGACCUGGAGGUAUUGCUAGCAUGAUGCGAUUACCAGUAGUUGAAAAUACAGAUGAACUUGAUGCUUGUUUUAUCGGAAUCCCGAUUGACAUAGGAACAACAAAUAGAUCUGGAACGAGAUUCGGCCCACGAUAUAUCAGAAUAGAGUCUGCAAUUAUCAGAAAAUACAACAGUGAAACGGGCGCAGAUCCAUUUUCAUCUCUUCGGGUUGCGGAUGUCGGCGACGUAAAAGUAAAUCUAUAUAAUUUGAAAGCCUGUUGCGAUAUGAUCAGAGAAAAAUAUAAACAAAUUAUCAAAGAUGGAUGCAUACCUCUGACGUUAGGGGGAGAUCACACAAUAUCUUAUCCGAUCUUACAAGCGAUGGCUUCUAAGUAUGGCCCUGUUGCAAUGGUUCACAUCGACGCUCAUUCCGAUGUAGGAGAUGCUUACAGCGGAGAAAAAAUUACUCAUGGGACACCUUUUCGACGAGCGAUCGAAGAAAAUCUUUUAGACUGCAAAAAGGUUGUACAAAUCGGUCUUCGUGGAUCCGCAGGGAAUGCUGUCAAUGAGCAUGCUUACCAGAUAGAAAAGGGUUUUAGAGUUGUUACCGCCAAAGAAUGCUGGUUCAAAUCGAUGGCGCCUUUGAUGGCGGAAGUUCGUGAAACCAUUGGUGAUACACCAACAUAUAUUAGUUUUGACAUCGAUGGACUGGAUCCAUGUUAUGCACCCGGUACUGGAACUCCAGAGAUAGGUGGCCUGACUUCAUUUCAAGGAAUGGAAAUUAUUCAAGGAUGCCGGGGACUCAAUAUUGUGGGCGGAGAUCUAGUCGAGGUUUCUCCGCCAUAUGACACGACGGGUACCACAGCGCUUACGGGCGCGAACCUUUUGUUUGAGAUGCUCUGCGUGCUGCCCGGAGUAAAAUAUUACGAUUAAUAAGCCAGUGGUAUGUAUGUGUAUUCUGCUUUACAAGGCUGAUUUUGAAUGACAAUAGAAUGAUUGAAAUCUAUAAUUUGUAGAAAAAAAUAAAAAUACAAUUUUACUGUGUCUAUACUUCAAAAUAGUCGCUUUAAGUGGGGAAACUCCCAACAUAAAUAUAAACUGACGUCAUAAGUCGUGUA